AUGGAAGCCUGGGGCAGCUCUUCGGGCCAGCCCCUGGGCAUAGACUUUGACAACCAGGGCGUGGCGUUUGUGUGCGACGCAGCGCACCAAGCCAUCUUUCGGAUCCUGCGUGUGGAAAGGGAAGGCGCCUUCGCGCAUCAGAUUGACCCCUACGUCAAAGAGUAUGAGCAGUCCCAAUUCCUUGGGCCCAACUCCCUGUGCCUCUCUCGGCAGACAGGGAUGCUAUACUUCACAGACAGCGGGCCGCUCGGAGAGACCUCGCUGCAGAAUCCUCGCGGCUCCGUUUUUGCCAUCAGCCCCUCCACACAGCUGCUGAUUCCGCUGUGCCUCAACACUUUGGCACAUCCCUGUGGAGUUGCUCUGUCGCCGGAUGAGAAGAACAUCUAUGUGGCAGAGACAGCCAUGAAUCGAAUUCUUCGAUUCACUCAGCAUCCGCCGCAGGUCUUCCACUGCAGCGUCUUUUGCCAGCUCAGCGGUCGCUUCGGCCCAACCGCUCUUGCAGUGAGCGCAGCAGGGGACCUCUACGUGGCGCACUUCGACUUUGCAGACAACGUAGACACUGGUCGGGUGGUGGUGCUGAAUCCCGAGGGGGAGGUCAAGGGGGUCAUCAGCAUCCCGGGGCCAGAGAUCACGGGUCUGUGUAUCUCACCUGACCAAAGGUAUUUGGUGGUGGCGGAGAGGUUCAAAAGGCCCACGCAGCUAUUCGCCAGAUCUUGGCGGCACCCCAGCCGGGUUUUACGGCAUUUGCGCAUGAGGUUUGGGACCGUGUCUGAGCUGCUGCGGCCGCCGCCCGGGCUUGAGACCUUUCGUGCACAGGAAGCAGGUCCACGCGAGUUCGAGGGCAAGGACUGCGAAAUGUGGCCCUCGGACUGCAGCACCACGGAUACGGACUCAACUUCACGAUGCUUCCAAGAGGAUGCUGCUUCCCCUCAAGGAAUGAUUGUGGAUUCCUUCGAAGGGCCUACCCCGUGCACACUUCAAUUGCACAGCAUGUUGGAGGAAUCUGCUCCUCGCGAUGAUUGCCCCUCGAUUGGCUCGGCAGCGCACUCGCUUGGCCUAUGCAAGCCCUGCGACUUUAAAUGUCGUUCAUCAUGCAGGUUUGGCUAUGAGUGUAUGUUUUGUCACAUAUGCGGUCCGGCGGAAAGCCGGCAAUGGAAGCGGCACAGGAAGAGCUUCUGGCGCCAGGCGCGAGCAUGCGCCCGCAACGCUGCGUCGGCGCAAGAGGGGACCUCUGCCACUCCGGAUUCCACUUCGAACGCAGUGCCUUUGUGCCUGCAAACUGCACUCUCUCUGCAGUGA